CGAUUGUGAUAACUUUAUUGACUUACUUUAGUCGAGGAUUUUAGGUAAUGAAUCAUUAGGUCACAUUAAGAUGGAGUUUAUAUCGUUGAUGAAUUUUAUGUUAAACAUUCGAUAUACAGUUGGGGCUAUAAAAUCAUAAAAUGGGUGCAAACAUAUCACAAUUAGAAAGAGAUAUCGGCUCUGAUCAAUUUCCACCAAACGAACAUUAUUUUGGUUUAGUCAAUUUUGGUAAUACUUGUUACAGUAAUUCAGUAUUGCAAGCUCUAUAUUUCUGCAGGCCAUUUAGAGAAAAAGUAUUAGAAUACAAAGCUAGAAACAAGAGAACUAAGGAAACUUUAUUGACAUGUUUAGCUGAUCUAUUUCAUAAUAUUGCUACACAAAAGAAAAAAGUUGGUUCCAUUGCCCCUAAAAAGUUCAUUGCUAGGUUAAGAAAAGAAAAAGAGGAGUUUGAUAAUUAUAUGCAACAAGAUGCACACGAAUUUUUAAACUUUCUUAUUAAUCAUAUAAAUGAAAUUAUUCUGGCAGAAAGAAGUCAAACCAAGCAAACAGGUGGGAAAGGUGCAGGUGAUGCUGGGUCCCCACCAGAACCAACAUGGGUCCAUGAAAUAUUUCAAGGAAUAUUGACUUCGGAAACGCGCUGCCUUAAUUGUGAGACUGUUUCUAGCAAAGAUGAGGAUUUUUUUGAUCUGCAAGUUGACGUAGACCAAAACACCUCGAUAACAUACUGCCUGCGUUGCUUCUCUAAUACUGAAACUCUUUGUAGCGAUAAUAAAUUUAAAUGUGAUCAUUGUAGUAGCUAUCAGGAAGCUCAGAAACGAAUGAGAGUUAAGAAACUUCCAAUGAUCUUAGCAUUACAUUUGAAAAGAUUUAAAUACGUGGAACAAUAUAAUCGACACAUCAAAGUAUCUCACAGGGUAGUUUUCCCAUUGGAAUUGCGGCUUUUUAAUACUAGCGAUGAUGCUGUCAACCCUGAUCGCUUGUAUGAUUUAGUUGCAGUUGUGAUACAUUGCGGAAGUGGUCCUAACAGAGGUCACUAUAUUUCUAUAGUAAAGAGUCAUGGAUUUUGGUUGCUUUUUGACGAUGACAUGGUUGAUAAAAUUGAUGCAUCAACAAUAGAGGAUUUCUAUGGGCUCACUUCAGAUAUACAGAAGAGUUCAGAAACUGGAUAUAUUUUGUUUUAUCAAUCAAGAGAUUGUAGUUAAAAAUCACUCGACAUAACAAAAGAAUUUAAGUUAUGUUAAGGAUAGUCAUUAUCAUUUCAAAUUAAUGUAAUUCUCUAAAUUAAUAUCUACACAUUUUUACUGUACAGUUGACAGAUUUUAUUUCUAAAAAUUAAUAUGUAUAUGAAUCUUUUUUCUUUUUUAUUAAAAAGAUGUCAAUGCUGAA